AUGGUUGACUAUUCUGUGUUUCGUAAUGAUCGAAACGACCUGAAUAGUGACCAUUCUAAAGGAGGUGGCGUUCUUAUUGCUAUCCAUAAUCGUUUUUGCCCUAAUGUUCUUACCUUAUCUAAUGUUUCACUAGAAUGCUUAGCAGUUUCAUUUCAAUCAAGAAAUUAUAAAAUUAUUAUUGUGGCUAUUUAUAUCACUCCAUAUAGUUCUGUUGAUGUAUAUAAAUGCCAAUGUGCCGAGAUAGAGAACUUAAGGUUAAUCUUCUCCUACUAUACUUUUAUAAUAGUUGGUGAUUUUAAUUUACCUGGGAUAAACUGGUCUAAUCAAUAUCACGCUAUAUUAUCUGGUCGUGCCACUGAUAAAUCAAAUGUUCUUGCUGAGACUUUUGCGUAUGAGCAGUUUUUUCAACCCAAUUUUAUACCAAAUUAUAGAAAUAAUAUACUAGACUUAGUAAUAUCCAACAACAAUACUUUAAAAGUUUCUAAGUGCUCGUUUCCAUUAAUUUCUGUUGACGUUGCCCAUCCUCCACUUCAAAUAAAUGGUCCAAAUUUUGUUUAA